AAGGCGAAAAAUAAACUUCCGGUCCAUGCUACCAUCAUAAUGGAGAAAGUAGAAGUGACUGCUGAAGUUCACUUUGCCCAAAAACUAGCUUCAAAUGAAAAGAAAAUAAGAGAUAGAGCUAUCAAACGCCUACAAAAGUAUUUAUCUGUCCGGUCAACAAAUGGAGCAGGUUUAAGUGAUGCUGACUUGUUGAAAAUAUGGAAAGGACUCCAUUAUUGCAUGUGGAUGCAAGACAAACCUUUGAUCCAGGAAGAGUUGUCACAGCGCAUCACAAACCUUAUCCACUGUUUCCCAAGCACUGGCUCUGCUCUUGGAUUUGUUAGAAUUUUCUUUGAAACUCAAGCCAGAGAGUGGAAUGGCAUCGACAGACUUAGACUGGAUAAAUUCAUGAUGAUGGUGAGGGACAUGCUGCACCAAACUUUGACCCUGUUGAGUAAAGAAGGUUGGCCUGCUGAGGAAAGUUUUAUGUUUGCUAAACUCCUUCACAAAACAGUUAUGCAGUAUGACCAGGCUCAGUUACCUGAUGGACUGAAAAUUCACCUUGCAGAUAUUUACAUUGAUGAAUUGGGCAAAGUUUCAUUAGAAAAAAUGACCAGCAAGAUUAUGUUGAUUCUUCUUGGACCUUUUAUCCAUUUUAUCCUUCAUUCCAACAAGAUUGAAUUGGUCAAACGCAUGAUGCUAGAUGUGGUCUACAGAGCUGUCAAUACAUUCACUGAUGGUGUUAAAAUUAAGCCUAUUUGGGAAAAGAAACCUAUAAAAAAGAAAAAGUGUGUGAGAAGACACCCAAAAGGCGUCAAAGAUAAUAAAGAAAAUAGUGGUAAUGAUGAAGAAGUUAUGGAAGUGGAGGAUAGCCAGACAGUUGAAUCUGAAGACACACAGCCCUCGUUUGUGUUAGAUAAAAGGCUUUUGCUGUUGCUGCUCUUUAGCCAAGCAGAGAAUAAGUCAACACGUGCACCAAACAGAGCUGUGGUCUACAAAUUUGUCAAGAAAUAUCCAGAGGAAAAUGAAGGCCUAACCAAAAUGCUAGAUAGUCUCAACAGAAAUGAAAUAGUGUCAGAUGCAGAUGAUCUUCGCAGUUUAAGUUCUACUCUUCUCUAUGAUGAUGGGAAGGCCAUGGACAAGCAGCAAAAAAGAAAGAAAAAGCGAGGAAAAAAGAAGAAAAGAGAAAUGGAAGAAGAUACUGAUGGUUGCAGUAUAUCAGGCACCAUAUGUUCUCCUCAAGAAGAUAGCAGCCAUACCCUUGUGUCAAAUUCUCACAGUAAACUUGAAGAGACAAAACUAAUUACUCCAUCUAAGUUUGAGAAAACAGGAAAAAAACCAAAACAGGCUGUUGCUGGUAGUAAUACUGUGAACUCAAUGACUCUUUUAAAGGAUGUUAAUAUCAAAGGAAAGUCUUUUAUCUUUGUAGAUAGAUUAGAAGGAAGUGUUACCAAUGGUAGCUUAGAUGGCAAGGUUACAAAAAAACGCAAGCGACUAUCAUCUGGUGAGGAUGGUACUCCUGGGUUACCAAGUAAAAAGUCAAAGCUGUCUGUCCCAAACAAGUUGAAUACACAGUCUGAAAUGGUGGAAACAUUGACCAAAGAUGAAAAUACCAAUUCAAAUGCUAGGCCUAGAAGUAGCAGCCCACCCAAGUCAGAUAGCAAAGCCCUCAAAGCUGGUAGAUUGACCAAGAAAGCACGUACGGUCUCAGUUUCUCCUUCACCCAAGACAAAAUCAAAGAAAAAGGAUGAGGAGACUUAUGAAAGUUCGUCCUUAUCAUCGAUAUUUACCACUCCUGUGCAAAAUAAGAAAGGCACUAAAGGAAAAUCCCCAGCAACUUCCUCUAAAAGCCCAGACACAAGUGAGCCUAAAUCUAGUAUGGUUGACGAGCUGGUUGGUGACCUGUACUCGGUUAUCUCAGGAUCAUGCAGUAUGGUGAAGAAAGCCAUUGGCUUUGUCAGCAGCAACACAGAUCCUGGACCAAGCAAUACAAACUACAAAGUCAAGUCGCAUUCCACCCCUGGUGUAUAUAUGACCCCGGGCAAUAAAAAGAAAGUAGUGUUUGACCUUCGCAAAAACAGAGCAAACAAAUUCCAAGACUACUUAAAGAGCUUAGCCAAGCAGCCUGAGCCACCUUAUGAACCAUCAAAGAGUCCAUCUGUUGGCAUUCUAAAGUCACCAGUCUUGUCAAACGUGACACUUAUUUCAGAAAAUAAGUCAGACUCUGAUAUAUCAGAAUUAUCACAGACUUGUAAAACAAAGAAAAAAACAAAUGUUCCCAAGUCCAGGUCACCAGGAGCUAGAAGUGUGAAAAGGAAUGUAUACAGUAGCAGAGCACAGAGAUAGAGCUAAGAAUUUGAUAGGUAUCCUCAUCCCUGGUUUCUGUGAAAGUGGUCUAAAGAGUUGGCAGUAGGUGAGGACUUGCAUCUUUCUGUUCUCAUGUUUACUUGCCAUUUUAAUUACAGGUUCAAAUUUGAAAUUAAAUAGUAAUUUUGUUGAAUUAACUAACUUUUAAUACCUGCUACUUUUACAGAAAUCUCAAAACAGCAAAGCAAAUUGUAUGAAUUUUUUGAAAAUGUCCUAUUCAACUUGGUUUUAAAAUACUGUAACUGGUUAAAGACAGCUUAGUAACCUCUUGAUUACUUGCUAAUGGUGCUAUCUUCAAGUCUGAUCUUAAAUAUUUUCUCUCACUGGAGUUUAAAGCACAAAGCCUUGCAGGUUUCUUUUUGGAAAUAAAGUGAAUGCUGCUAAA